AUGUCACUUAUAAAACUUUUCAAAGGACCUAGCAAAAUAUUCAAGAAAGAUGUUAUUACAUUUUUGAUGAUUCGCCGUCACGAUUUGGGGAUCUUAGAAGAACGACUUCGUUACGUGGCUGUUAAGCCGAAUGCUUCAAUAAUGAAGUUGAGAGAAAAAAUAUGGCAUCUUCUAGAUCUUCCGGACUAUUGUGACGAAAUAAUAGUUCUUAAAUCAAAUGACGGAAAUGAAAUACCAUUAACAGCUUUAUGUUUCGGUAACGAUCCGCAGCAUCCUUACAUUUUGGAGGUUUGGCUACCUGACAAUCAGAUGCUAUCUUCGUUAGCAAUUAACAAUAAUAACAUGUUAACUAUGGGUGACAAUGAAUCGCUCUCAGACGGUAAUCGUAUCUCAGCAUGUAAUAUAAGAGAAGAUAAAACGCAAGACAAUUUAGGAAAAACAUGCGAAACUCAAAAAAGUGAUGAAAUUUCAGACUUUAAUAAAUCGGGAGUCGUGGAAAACAAUCACCUAAAGAAUUUACUACAUCCAGACAAUAAAAGACAAGACCUUUCACAUAGAAUUUCUAAUACAUCUCUGUUUUAUAAAAUGUCCGGAAGAAAAGGCGUCGACAACUUCACAUGCAUUUUAUUAAAAAUGCAAAGUGACUUGUCUACAUUAAGCAAUAAAUUGUCAGAACUGGAAAAUAAAAUAAAUUUUUGA